CGCGUUAGAUUCGUGUGAGUACUACAGUCCGGUAAUGAACAGGUGGGUAGCUUUAUGGAAAAUGCCAGUUCCGAUAUAUGCGGGGUCUGCAACCACACUCGGAGGGAAGUGUUAUAUCGCAGGAGGUAUGACACACAAUGCCGAUGAUCCAACCCCUAGAGUGCGCAUGACCAUGAUCUGUUAUGAUCCAAGAAGCCGAAAAUGGUCCGUGCCCGGGUAUCUCCGAAUGCCUUUAUGUCACGCAACGCUGGUGAACGUUCAAGGCCGCUUGUUGCUAUGUGGUGGCGCCACCUACCGAGAAGAAAAGGCUCGUAAACGAGAUUUAGUGAGUGUUGCCAGUAUUGACGAGUAUAAUAUUCUGACGAACAGCUGGGGUUUCCGAACGAAAAUGUCGUCUGCAAGACAGGAAGUUAGCGCUGUGACUGUUGGAAGCAAGUUGUAUGUGAUUGGCGGGAAAAACUGCGAAGACGAGAAAAUUGAUCAGACAGUCGAAUGUUAUGAUACCACUUUCUCCACAUGGAAAAACUGUCAAUUUAGACUUCCAACAGCUGUUAAAAAUGUUAAAUGCGUUUCUUGUCACAAUUUAAAAUAAAUGGCUUAUUCUGCUUUUAAAAUGUA